AUGGCCUCGCCGUUCCAAUUUCGGAAGCAGUCCACACUCAACUGCUUCCCGAUGCACGCCCAUCGACCAGAUGGGAGGCGGAAGGGAACCAUCGAGAUGCCUUUUUGCGGAGUGUGGAUGUUUGACGAGAUGGGUAGGGCAGUUGAGCAUUGGGAGAACGUUGCAGACCCAGAGGCGCUGAGUAGAUGGCUCAGGGGCGAGUGA